AAUGCCAAGCUGGAUCUGAUAAUUCGACAGUUGCAGACGAGUAGCAGCGAUGAGGCGAAGAAAUUAGCGCUUCAAGAAUUGAAGGAGAGUAAGAGCAGGACAAUUACGUUUGUGCGUGAUUUUAGAGAGGCGGGAGGCACGCAGCCGCUUGUGGAGCUCGUGCAGUCGACGGAUAAGAAGAUAGCGCAGCACGCUAUUAGUGUGUUUGCAGACUGUUGUAGAGAGGAGGGUUUCCAGAAAGAAAUUCGAGAUUUGAAGUGUCUAGAUGUCCCGGUGAAACUGUUAAUGUCCAGACACUCACAUGUUUACUCACGGGCUGCUCGAGCUAUUGCCAACUUAGCAAAGGAUCAAGAAAACUUGCAGUUCUACCUUAGUCUCAACAUUGUGACGAGUUUAUUGACGAUGUUGAGCCAGACAAAUGAUACAGAUCCUCAACUGUGCGGCCUUCGUGCUCUACAUCUUUUCCUUGUAGACUCAUCAUGUCAUGCAAUGUUUUUCAAGAGGAAUGGCGUCCAGAUUAUUUUGUCUGCCUUGAAAUCUACUAAUCCAGUUGUCAUUGCCAGUGGUCUCAAGAUUUUCAAGCAGCUCAGUUGGUUUGAUGUUUUCUCACAACAGCUAAAGGACACUGACAAUGGAUUUGAUGUACUACUCAAUUUAACAUAUCAUAAAGAUGCGGGCAUUCAACGUAUUGCUUUGCAUACUUUGUUAUUGUGCUCGAAGUCAAAGUGUUCUGAUUGUUGUUCCAGCAUUGCAACUGUAGAGGGUAUAGGCCUAUUUCUGCAUCAUUUACAGACGAAUCAAGAUGAAGAAAUCAAAUCAUAUGCUGCCCAUAUACUUUGCUAUUGCUGUUGGAAUGUAGUCUGUCGAAACAGACUGAUUGAAUAUGGAGGUGUGGCCAAAAUGAUUGAAAUACUUGGUAACUCAGAAUUUCAUCAGCUGCAUGACAAGAUGCUGUCUGCGCUAAUGUGUUAUUACUAUGAUAAGUGUGGAUUGAAGCAAAUGGUUGGUAUGGGACUGGUUACAGUGCUGAUUCAGAGACUGAGUUCAAUCAUACAGAUACCUACCAGUGGUGAUAAAAGUUCUGAUGGAAUUGAAAGCAAGUGUGUUGCAGCUGAGCAAAGACUUGAGCACAUUUGUGAUAGUGUAUCAAACACUUGUGAAGAUACUGCCAAGCUGAUACGACAUGCAGUCAGUCCUGUUCCUGUUAGGAAACAUGAUACCGGUGUUGGUGCAUCAUCACCUCUUGUGACUGAUCACGAGCUGCUCAGACAAGUUGAUGUCUCACCAACAAUGGGACUCAGCCCAACAUCUGACAUUCCUUCUCCUUCUUCAACCGAAGCCCUCUCACCAACUACAUCAGAGCCAACAUCUCCACAAGGGUUUCUUCAUUUCCAAGCUCAAGAGGAAGUAUCAAGUGAUAGUGGAACAUGUGCUCCGAAUCCUUCGGAGCAUCAACUCCUAAGUUUGUUGUCAAUCGUGAGCCUCAUUAAGGAAUGUAUUCCAGCGUUUCUUACAUAUGAUGUUGUGAAAGUUCUAGUUGAAUACUUUCGAUAUUCGUGCCAUCCUCAUCCAAAGGCAAUGCAAAUUUUGGUUCGCUUGGCAAACAACAGUGGUUGCUUGGAACAUCUUAUUAUGCUUCAGACCGCUCCAUUUGUGUAUCAGCAGCUUUGUUCUGGUGAUGUGUAUACAAAAAGGUGUACAAAUGAUGGUCGAGCGUGUGGAGGAUAUCGAUUGUUGUGCAUUCUUAGAAACUCAGCUGAGUCUGACUAUGGCCAGGGACUUAUUACUCAUAAGCUGAUCCGUGGUACUAAGAAAGAAAUAAAAGACUAUGCUUUGUCAUUGCCAUAUAUUGUUGAAGACAGAAAAGUGCAGCAGAAACUAUUUGUGCAAUACAGAGGACUUGAACAUUUAAUUGACCUUCUGAGAGAGGCUUUGCUUAGUGCCAAGGAGUUGGAGUUUGUUGUGCAAGGUCUUCUGCUGAUGGCUAGGAACUUGGAAGUGGUUAGAGGCUUUGAUGAAGACAUGAAGUCACCACUUGCCAAGAGAAUGAGACUAGGAAGUGAUGCAUCAAUUGAGGAUAAAGAAAUGGCAGAAGUGAAGUGUUCAUAUGAAGAUGCAAUUAAUGUGAAGGAUGAUGAAUGUCGGCAACUGAUCACGUUGAGGUUAGACUGUGGAAAGACGGUUGUCUGCUGUCAGGAUGCAUUGAUCACAAGUUCAGACUACUUUCAUGCUAUGUUUUCGGGAUCGUUCCGGGAGUCAGGUGCAAAGAGCAUUGAUAUGCCUGGGGUUGACUAUCCAGCUCUCCUUGCUGUAUCACACUCACUUCAUGGCUGUUCAUGGACGUGUAAGACAGUCAUUGAAAGUUAUCUAUCUGUUGGUUUGCAGCUAGUGGAUGGAGUUGAUAAUGGUGACUGUCUUUACAGCCUAGGUCUGAGUGUCAUUGCUCUGUCCAGUCAAUUUCUUCUCACUGAUCUCAAUGAAGAGUGCCAGAUUGUAGUAUCAAAGUACAUCACUAACCACAAUUUAGUUGAAGUGUUUCAUUUUGCCUGCUUAUACUCAGCAAAUUUCCUACAGCAGCAGUGUGUUCGAAUAUGGAUGCAGGUGAACAGUAUUGAACUCCAGACUAACAUAGUCAAAGAGAUCAUGCAGACCCAAGACAGCGAAGAGCUGUUGUCAGUCAUCAUGACCAUUCUUAGCGAGAGACUCAGACCUAGCACUCUUGAUUCGAAUUGAUAUAUAUAUAUUCACCUCACAACUGUAUAUAUUGUAAAGUACGUUUAUUUACUAUUACUUAACAGAGAACCAUAUAAACUGCAUUAGUCUGUUGAAUGGUC